CUGCCAGCGUGGCAGACCCCGACAGAGACCUACUACACGGCAUCGAUCAAACGCUGACUUUGGCAUGGCACCCACCUGGCAGGGAGCCGAAACCAAUGCAGCGCGAAUUAAAGCAGGUCAGCAAACUGGCAGCGAACCAACCUAUCAGUGAAGGAAUUUCCCCGUCGGUUAGAGUCGAAACAACCUCAGUAUGAGCGCCAACAAAAUAUUCCUGCGCUACUAUCCGCCAGGUCUGGCCAUUAAUUACCGCACGGCAAAGGGCAGCGAGCGUGUGCGCCACUUUGAUCUGCUUGACCUAGAUUCGAAAACAGACAUUGUGCCUCUGGCUGACAAGAUCCUACUCCAGUCACUGGCUGAAACGGAGGAGGAGCCAUCAGAUGAGGAUGAGGACAAGACAUCGCCCUGUGUGCCCGCAAGUGGCCAUGUGACCAGUUCCCAAAACACAUUCAGCGCCCUAAAGCAGGCUCUGGGCAAGCUACAGCGUAAGCUGCGGGAGCCCGUCAAGAAGAAGUUCUAUCUGCACAAGUGUCACACCUCGCACAUCCUGCCGCUGACCAAUGUGUGCUUCGACCGCACCGGAGAACGAUGCCUCACCGGCAGCUACGACCGCACCUGCCACGUGAUCAACACCCAAACGGCAGAAGUGGAGCACACUCUCACCGGACACGACAAUGUGGUCUUCUCCGUUGGCUUCAAUACACCGAGAUGCGACAAGAUCGUGACCGGCUCCUUUGAUUGCACCGCCAAAGUUUGGUCCGCCAGCAGCGGGCAGUGCCUUUGCACCUUGUUUGGUCACACCGCCGAGCUGGUGGCGACUGAGUUCCAUCCGCUGCAUGGCCAGGCCAUUGCGACAGCCUCCAUGGAUGGAACGGCACGCAUCUACGAUGUGGAAACUGCCCAUGAGCUUCAGCAGCUUACCCACCAUGGUGCCGAGGUAAUAGCCGCUCGCUUCAAUCGCGAUGGGCAGAUGCUGCUCACGGGCUCCUUUGACCAUACGGCCGCCAUCUGGGAUACACGCACCAAAAGCUGCUGCCAUCAACUGCGGGGCCACAGCGCUGAGCUCUCGAACUGUGUGUGGAACUUCAGCGGAUCGCUGAUUGCCACGGGCUCCCUGGAUCACACGGCUCGGCUUUGGGAUAUUCGCCGAAUGGAUCAGGAGCUGCACCUGGUCUCCAAGCACAACGACGAAGUGUUGGACGUGGCCUUCGAUGCGGCGGGCAGACUGCUGGCCACCUGCAGCAGCGACUGCACGGCGAGGGUCUGGAGCUUGGACGGCGCUUCUGGGCAGCUGGAGAUGUUGUCGCUGAUGGCGGGGCACAGUGACGAAGUGUCCAAGGUGUGCUUCAGCCCCAGCGGAUGCAUGCUGCUAACCGCCUCCGCUGACAACACGGCUCGUCUGUGGCUGACCGAGUCCGGGCACUGUUCCCAGGUGUUGGCGGGGCACGAGGCAGAGGUCUUCAGCUGCGCCUACAGCUAUGCGGGCGACGCAAUUCUGACGGCCUCCAAGGACAACACCUGCCGCUUCUGGAGAUGAUACGACUGGUACACCGU